GUCCGUAGGGGCCAGCUCGACCACUCGCCCACUCGACCAGCGCCAUUUUGUGCACGCGUUUGAUGUUGAUUGUUGAUUGUUGAUUGUUGCUGUUUGCCGGCCAACGUAGCUCUCCUGACCCGCACUCGUCUGCACCUGCCGCUUUCGUCAUCCCAGCUUCACUCCACACGCGGACAUUCAACGCUCCUCCGCGUCCACCACGUCCACCACGUCCACCACGAGCCCUCCACACCUCACCCGUCGCCAUGGCCACCAACCCGCCGCAGUUGUUCCUGCUGUCCGACCACAUCAAGCUAUCAUUGCUCGAGCGCCAACGCGCCAUCUCGCUGAACCUCCCCUCCACCAGCCAAGAUGCCCAGAUCUCGCGGUCCCUCGAGCAAUUGCGCUCAGGCAUCGAGUCGCUGGAAUCACAAGUCGCAGACACAUCCGACGAAUCCAUAUCCUCGCAACUCCCGCGCCUAAGAUCCCAACUCACCGACCUAACCUCGCAAUUCUCCCGCACCGCCGCCCCGACAUCAUCCACAAUCACACACCCCAACGACCCCUCCCUCCAGCGCGACUUCACCGCCGCGCAGUCCGCGCCCCCGAAAUCCAAAUCCGUGCGCUUCACCGACACAGCCGACGCCCCGGAUCCCAACCGCGCACAGCUAUUCCCUUACCGCGACGACCCGGACCCGGACGCUGCGCCCGACCACUCCGGCCUCGACAACCAGCAGAUCCACACGUACCACAGCCAGGUGCUGCGCGAGCAGGACGAGCAGUUGGACGUACUGGGCGCGAGCAUUGGGCGGCAGCGCCAGCUGAGCGAGCAGAUUGGCGAGGAGCUAGAGGGCCAGGUGUUGUUGCUGGAUGAUGUCGAGGAGGGUGUGGAUAGGCAUCAGGCGCAGUUUGUGAGGGCGAGGGGCAGGCUGGAUCGGUUUAGUCGCAAGGCGAGGGAUAACUGGAGUUUGACUGUGAUCGUCGUGUUGAUUAUCAUUCUGCUGCUGUUGAUUGUUAUUACAAAGUAA